CCGUGAGGGGAAUGUUGGCGGCGAAGCCUAGUCGACGCUCGGAGCCGCGCCGGAGCGCCGGUCGGUCCCGGAGCCGGAGCCGGAGGGAUGAGCCCCGGGAGGCGCCGCAGGCAUGGAGCCGAGCGGCGCUGAGGCAGUUUACCCGCGGCUCUUCAGCGUCGCGCAACGCUCUGUCUCCGAAGACCUGGGUUGUAGACGUGGAGAGUUCAGCAGAAAGCAUUAUGGAUCGGUAGAGCUGCUCAUUUCCAGCGAUGCCGACGGAGCGAUCCAAAGGGCCGGCCGGUUCCGGGUGGAAAACGGCUCUGUUGACGAGAAUGCAGAUUAUGCCCCUGGUACGUGGCACCGAACAGACGUGCACUUGGAGAACCCAGAAUACCACACCAGAUGGUACUUCAAAUAUUUUCUAGGAAAAGUUCAUCAAAACUAUGUAGGAACGGACGCAGAAAAGAACCCCUUCUUUCUGUCUGUGGUGCUCUCCGACCAAAACAAUCAACGUGUUCCUCAAUACCGUGCGAUCCUCUGGAGAAAAACAGGUACUCAGAAAAUAUGCCUCCCUUACAGUCCUACAAAAACUUUGUCUGUGAAAUCUAUUUUAAGUGCCAUGAAUCUUGACAAAUUUGAGAAAGGCCCUAGAGAAAUACUUCACCCUGAAAUUCAAAAGGAUUUAUUGGUCCUCGAAGAGCAAGAGGGCUCUGUCAAUUUCAAGUUUGGAAUUCUUUAUGCCAAAGACGGACAGCUAACGGAUGACGAGAUGUUCAGCAACGAAACGGGCAGUGAAAGCUUUGAGAGGCUACUGAGUCUCUUGGGGGACACCAUCACGCUGAAGGGAUGGACCGGCUACAGAGGAGGACUGGACACCAAAAACGACACCACCGGCAUCUAUUCCAUCUACACCGUCUACCAAGGGCAUGAGAUAAUGUUCCAUGUUUCCACCAUGCUUCCGUAUUCGAAAGAGAACAAGCAACAAGUGGAAAGGAAACGGCACAUUGGGAAUGACAUCGUCACCAUUGUGUUCCAGGAAGGAGAGGAGUCUUCUCCAGCCUUUAAGCCAUCCAUGAUCCGCUCUCACUUUACACAUAUUUUUGCCUUAGUGAGAUAUAAUAAGCAAAGCGAUAGUUACAGGCUGAAAAUCUUUUCGGAAGAAAGCGUGCCUCUCUUUGGACCCCCUCUUCCGUCCCCACCAGUGUUUACGGACCACCAGGAAUUCAGGGACUUCCUGCUGGUGAAACUAAUAAACGGGGAGAAAGCCACUUUGGAAACCCCAACGUUUGCGCAGAAGCGGCAGCGCACUUUGGACAUGUUGAUCCGCUCCUUGUACCAGGACCUCAUGCCUGAUAUGCACAAGAACAUGCUUAACAGGAGAUCCUUCAGCGACGUCUUGCCCGAGUCCCCCAAAUCGGCCCGGAAAAAAGAAGAGGCUCGCCAAGCUGAAUUCGUCCGUCUUGGCCAGGCACUCAAACUCAAAACCAUAGUGAGAGGUGACGCCCCGGCUAUUCUAGCUACCACGAGCCUUUGCAAAAAGGAGCCCUGGGAGUCCCAGUGUUUCUGCAGCAACUUCCCGUACGACGUCGCCUGUGCUGAUUCCUGGGGCCAUUCGCUGCUCAUCUCCACGGACGUCGGUGUCCUACUCUUAGACGAUGGACAGCCUCCCCUCCCCGUCUUCGAUAAAACGUUACAGGUCAAACAGAUGCACGUGUUGGAGACUUUGGACCUGCUGAUUACUCGAGCGGACAAAGGGAAGGACGCCCGGCUCCUCGUCUUCAGGCUGAGUGCCGUGCGGAAAAGCAUGGAAGCCAAGCUGGCCAGAAGUAAAUGCGACUGCCGAGAAAACAAGCUGGAGAAAACGAAAGGCUGCCAUUUGUACGCCGUCAACACCCACCACUGCAACGAACUGCGUAUCGUCGCAGCGAUCCGGAACAAACUUCUCCUCAUCACCAGGAAGCUCAAGCCGUGGGAAGGCCUGAGCAGUGCCCCGCCAAUGUCCCCUCAGUCGGAGUCCCCCGUCGAGGAAUUCCAGUACAUCAGGGAGAUUUGCCUGUCUGACCCUCCGGUUGUCAUGUCUUUGGUGGACGGCCCCACGGGAGAAAACGACAACCUGAUCUGCGUCGCCUACCGGCAUCAGUUCGACCUGGUCAACGAGAGCACGGGAGAAUCCUACAGGUUUCAUCAUGUCGAGGCGAGCAGGGUUAAUUUUGUUGCAGCUAUUGAUGUGUACGAAGACGGAGAGGCCGGCCUGCUCUUGUGUUACAACUAUGUCUGCUACUAUCGCAAAGUGUGCCCCUUCAAUGGGGGCUCGCCCCUGGUACAGCCGUCGGCCUCAGACUUCCACUUCAGCUGGAACCAAGUUCCUUACGCUAUUGUGUGCGCCUUUCCGUACAUUUUGGCCUUCACCACCGAUUCCAUCGAGAUCCGGCUCGUGGUGAACGGGAACCUGGUCCACACAGCCGUGGUCCCGGCACUUCAGCUGGUGGCGUCGAGGUCAGAUAUCUAUUUCAAAGCCGCCACAGCAGUGAGUGAACCAUCCAACGUCAGUUCAAAGGAGACCAGCUCACCCAAUUCCCCCCAGACGCCAUCAGUGCACGAAAUUCCUGUUUUCUCUCCUUCCGCAGCCGAAGGCGAAGCUGUGUGCAAGAACAUCUACAAAAUCCCCCUCAGCAACCUGGUUGGCAGGAGCAUCGAACGGCCGCUCAAGUCCCCCCUGGUCCCCAAAGUCAUCACCACCCCGACCUCCGCCGGCAGCGCCUUCAUCCCCGCCGCGCCGUCCCUCUCCCUGUCACGCAUCGAGAUCAAAGAAAUUGCCAACAGAACGCGCAAAGAGUUGCUGGGCCUCUUAAAUGAGCAGGUUCCCAAGUCAGAAGGAGCCCCGAAACAGAAGACGACCCCCCCAAAACUGCCAGAACCCAAGCAGGGAACCAUGCGUUCGACGAGCAGCGAUAGACUCGUCGCCAGCCCUUUCGAAAGCACUUUGGAGGACCGCCACUUCUCCACCAGUUCGGACCCCGACACCACCACGACCACCACCACGCAGGACGAGACCCCCCCGUCCGGUAGCCUCUUCCAGCUCGGGGCUUCCUUUGACGAAGAUAUCGUCGACUUGAAGUGAAGACAAUCCGGACGCAACACUUGCACACGCUCCCCACACACCCUCACCUUGCCCAUUCCUGUGUUUUCUCUCUCUUCCCCCCUACCCUUAUUUUGUACGACUCUCCAAGCAGUGUAGGAACAUCGCACUACACUUUCUAGUCAUCCUGGAAGUCGAGAAUGCAGGCGGUCGAGGUCUGACCUGCCUGAUUUCUCCAGCUCCUUGGGGCAGGCGGGGACGUUUGCUUUUGUGGGGAGUGGUCCUUGAUAAAAUAGCAGAGCUGUCGCCCAGUUCAAGAAACCCCCGCCGUUAAAUCUAGCAGGUUUUAACCAAUUAAUUGGUUAAAUCCCUGCAUCUUUAUAUACGACGACUCCGUCGUCUUCAAGAACGCCACUGUCCUGAUUCCAGUGGCAUGGUAGCUCCCCACGCCCCUCCAGAGGGACGGAAAGCCCGGUCGUUCCUCCCGCCCACCCUGAUCCGUUGCCGGCAGCUGAAGCAGGAAAUUGGGCCGGGGCUGCGAGGGCCUCGGAGCGGGACUCGGACGUCCUGUGCGAGAAGAGGGGGCCGCGUCCCGCCAACGUGGCUUGCUGCUGCGGCUUCAGAAGCCGAAGGGAAACAGCGCACCGCUCUGCUUCCUUUCCCGUAUCGCUAAGGAGCCAGGACUGAGCCAGAGGGAGGAGAAAGAGUGUUGGAAAUGCCUCCCUCCUGAUCUGAGGGCAACAACCUCCCCCCGGCUCCCCCAUUUUGCCCCCCCCCCGUAGGCGUUUUCUCCGCGGCGUAAGGGAAUCACGGCAUCCUUCCUCCUCUUCCAGGGAGGCUCCCAGAAAGGGCGUUUCUUGAUGGUGCUUUAUUUUUAGAUGGUGCGACGCGGAAGGGGGGAAAGGCCUUCCUAAGGUGGCUGCCGCUUAUCCGCUUCCCCACGGGCAUCGGGGAUGCGUGGGGGACGGGACGCUAGAGAGCCCGUUGGCCUGAUCCAGUAGAGCUCUUCUUGCGUCCUCACGUUUAGCUAAAAAUAAAUUCCUUUUUCAAAAA